AUGCUAUACGAAUUUCGGAAAGGCGUUAGUGUUGAGACUGCACAAAAAAACAUUCAGAGCGUUUAUUUGGACCGUGCUCCUGCUCUCCGGACAGUUAAAAAGUGGUUUGGCAGAUUCCGAAAUGGUGAUUUCAACUUGGAAGAUCAACUCCGCUCUGGACGGCCUUCUGGCAUUGAUGACGACAUUGUGUGUGCCUUAGUAAAAGAAAACCCAAGGAUUACAACUGAAGAGAUUGCUGAGAGGCUAAAAAUCGAUAAUUCGACCGCGUUUCGCCAUUUAAAAAAACUUGGAUACGUUUCCAAGCUCGAUACGUGGGUGCCGCAUCUCUUGACUGAAAGGAAUAAGCUGAACCGCAUGAAUGUGGCCAUUUCUCUCCUCGCACGUAACAAAAAAGAGCCUUUUUUGGAUCGAAUGAUAACAGGCGAUGAGAAGUGGAUUCUGUACAACAACGUACAGCGAAAGAAGACCUGGAAAAAAGCAGGUGAAGGUGCAGAACCCGUCGCAAAAGCUGGCCUGUAUCCAAUGAAGGUGUUGCUGUGUGUUUGGUGGGAUUGCAGGGGAAUUAUUCACUUCGAGCUACUCCGACGCGGCGAAACAAUCACGGUGGACAAGUACUGUGAGCAACUCACUAGACUCGAUGCGGCUAUUCGAGAAAAACGUCCGGUUUUGGUCAAUCGGAAAGGCAUCAUCUUCCACCACGACAAUGCUAGACCGCACGUCGCCCAACAGACGCUGCGAAAACUGCAGGAGUUGCAAUGGGAAAUUCUCCAGCACCUACCAUAUUCUCCAGAUAUUGCGCCUUCACAUUUUCAUCUGUUCCGGUCUUUGCAGAAUAGUUUGAAUGGCGAAAAUCUUAAGUCCGAGGAAACUGUCGAAAAUCACCUCACGAAUUUUUUUCAAGGAAAACCAAGCUCUUUCUUCAAAAAUGGAAUCAACAAGUUUGUAGAUCGUUGGAAAACAAUUGUAGAGAAGGAUGGAGACUAUAUAAUUGAUUAA